UGCACAGUAGCGGCGAAACGUCGCAGUACUAGCCACUUUGCACUUUUGUAGGAUCCAAAACAUUACAAACAACAGCAGCCGAUGCAUACGUUCUCACAAGAGAGAAUCCUAGCAACACGACAAAUUGUUAUUGCCUGAUGCUGCCCAAGUAACUGGUUGAACGUGCUUGGGUGCAGCCCUCUCUCACCUGACUGCGCGCGCGUAACUGACGCGUCUCGCGACUGGCCCGCCCCACCUUCGCGCAGCUAGGUAGCACCCGUAGUCUCCACAACAUCCACCACGAGCAUGGUCAACGAACGGCCCAAACAGUUCGGUGGAGCGCCACGCUUCGGUGGUGGUCCUCGGCCUGGUGUUGCAUCGUCAUCGACAUCUCGGGCGGCUCAACUUGGUAUUGGUCUCGGUAAAGGAGCCGCAGGCUUGGGCGGCUUAGGAAAGGGAAAGGGAAUCAGACGCCACCAAAAGAUUCAGCGCGAUACCAUCCAAGGUGUAACCAAGGGAGACAUCAGGAGGUUAGCUCGUCGAGGAGGCGUCAAGCGUAUCUCGGCGACAAUCUACGACGACGUUCGCCAGGCUCUCAAAGCUCGACUAAGUGAUAUUUUGCGCGAGGUCGUUGCUGUCGUAGAGCAUACUGGCCGUCAGACUGUCUCCGUCACAGAUGUUAUAUUCAUACUAAAUCGCCAAGGCCGACAAUUAUACGGGUUUGAUCCCUCUUUUAUGGGGCGUCGACACUGAGCCGAACUCAGUCUCCGUGAGGAGCGUCAUUUCGACCUAUAACGGUACCAAGCACUAGUGCAUCGCACCCGCUGAAAAACAUCCCUACUAAUUCAGAAGUUGACUUCUCUCUGCUCAAUGAUGUGCGGAGGCGAUGUCAGCUGAAAUCUGCGGUCGUGGCCAUCUUUGGUCAUAUCUCUGGAAGAUAAGUUUGGAUAAGAGAUCUUCAUGGUGUGUUAAUGUGAUAUGACGGCGGCAUGUUCUACUUGUGGAGGAAUAGAGCUAAGUCGAUGCAGUCCGUUCAAAUACUGGAGAAGCAAAGUGUGUAUCUGGGUUCGUUCUUGGACAGUAUAUACGAAUGGCAGCAUCUCCACAGGAGGUAGUAUAGCAACAAUAACCAAGGUGAUUCGAUCUCCAGAUAUUGCAAAUUUUCCUU